AGAAUCACAGCGGAGGCCUGUAGACUGCACUGGGAGACCUCUUCAGACCGAUAAUGUCUAAACAUGCAUCCGCUGGGGCAUCUCUGCGUGGCACCACUGUUGAGACAAUCUCCCAGUCCAUGAACACAAAUAGAAAUGUCGCCAUUCAAAUCACCAAUUACAGCAGCAAGUACACCUUAGUAGAACCAAGUGUCUACACCUACAGCGGAUUCUGCAGCAGUCCUCCACAGCCGACCAUCAAUAAAAACACACAGGAAGUUUGCUCUUUCAGCAAAACUGGACACACUGCCUGCGGUGCUGUUGGAGUCCUGACCUACAAGAUCCUUCCUGAUGACAAACUCCACCGCCCUGAAAAACUGGCCAUAAUGUUCUCUGUGCCUUUUAACUACAACCACUAUGAAAACUGGUUCGCUCUGGGCGUUUAUGAAGCAGGCAAAUCCUGUAAUUAUGAUCUGUACUACCAGAUGUAUUAUGAACGUGGCCCAUUCAAAAGAGAAAAGGGUACAGGAAGUGUCUUAACAUACUCUUCAAAAACUGUUGAUCUGAGCGGAACAAUGUCUCCUCAGGGCUACUCAGUUAUAAAGGUGGAACUCUCGGAUAAAUAGAGAUAAGAACAUCAAGGUUCCAUUCAGUUUUGGAACCAGAAUAGGAUCUACUUUGCUAAAAAAGUUGUUUUAAUAAAGAUAUUUACUCAGCUUAAUCAUUUUUUCUUUUUUUUUUUUGUUGGUCAGAUUUGGCAUCAAAUUUGAUUUUAAUAAUUUUAACCAGUCAAACUAUGUUCUAUUUGUAACAGCAACGCUAAGUGUCUAAAUAUUAAUACUACAUUGUCUGUGCUUUAUAAUUGCAUGCUUAGAGCAGAGACCAUACAGAUCCUGCAGGGAUUUUGUGUUAGUUUAUGUAUCUUUUCGAAUAAAGAGCUUUGAUUGAGUUCA